AAGGGUCUGACACAGAACAUAAAACCAAGGCACCAGAAUCUGUACUAGAGAGAGAGAGAGAGAGAGAGAGAGAGCUUGGGUAAUUGGGGCAGACGAGGAGUUUGUUUUUAGCAGUGUCUUUUUAGACUGGAAAUGGUGAGGUAGUGAAAUGGUUGUCUGAGUUUGAAUGGUUUGUUCUGUUUUGUAUUUGUAUGGAUUUGUUGAGAGAUGCAGUGCUCCCAUGGACAAAAACCAGGAAUAAAACAUCUUGUUGUGUUGCUCAUCACAGUAGAAGAGGACAACCCCAAUACUUACAAACACAAACCAUACAAACAAAAAUGGCUUCUUCUUCUUCUUCUUCUUCUUCUUCUUCUACAUCUUAUCAAAUCCCUCCAAUCAUUUCCGCGUUUGUUGCUUUCCUUCUCCUCGUUUCUUCUCUUACCCCUGCCUUGUCGCUUCGCAUUGUGUCGGAUUCCGGCCACCGCCAACCGGCCAACCACACUUUCCGGCCACACAAGGAGUUGCUUAAGUUGAAGAGAGUAAGAGCUUUUCUAAGGAAGAUCAACAAGCCUGCAGUCAAGACAAUUCAGAGUCCUGAUGGAGAUGUUAUAGAUUGUGUUUUAUCUCACCUUCAGCCAGCUUUUGAUCAUCCUCAGCUGAAAGGACAGAAGCAAGUGGAAGCACCAGAGAGGCCAAAAGGCAACGGCUCCACAGAUGCACCGGCAGUGAGCUUUCAGUUGUGGACAGAUUCCGGCGAAUCGUGCCCAGAAGGAACAAUUCCAGUCAGAAGAACUACAGAAGCAGAUGUUCUACGAGCCAACUCUGUCCGAAGAUUUGGAAGAAAAUUACGGAGAGGUGUAAGGCAUGACACCAUGAGCAGUGACCAUGAGCAUGCAGUUGCAUUUGUGAAUGGAGAUCAGUACUAUGGGGCAAAAGCCAACAUAAAUGUAUGGGCACCAAGGGUGACCGACCAGUUUGAAUUCAGCCUGUCACAAUUAUGGGUUAUCUCUGGCUCCUUUGGCAACGAUCUCAACACCAUCGAAGCCGGUUGGCAGGUUAGCCCAGAAUUAUACGGGGACAGCUACCCCAGGUUCUUCACUUAUUGGACAACUGAUGCAUACCAAGCCACUGGAUGCUACAACUUACUGUGCUCGGGAUUCGUCCAAACCAACAAUAAGAUUGCUAUCGGAGCAGCCAUUUCUCCAAGGUCUUCUUACAAUGGCAGACAAUUUGAUAUUGGCAUCACUGUUUGGAAGGAUCCUAAGCAUGGACACUGGUGGCUGGAAUUCGGGUCGGGUCUACUAGUUGGGUACUGGCCAUCAUUCUUGUUCAGCCACCUGAGAAACCAUGCAAGCAUGGUACAGUUUGGAGGAGAAAUAGUGAACAUAAGAUCACUGGGAUCUCACACAUCAACUCAAAUGGGUAGUGGCUACUUUGCCGAUCAAGGCUUUGGCAAAGCUUCCUACUUCAGAAAUUUGCAAGUGGUUGAUUGGGACAAUAACCUCGUUCCCCUAUCAAAUCUUCAUCUUCUGGCUGAUCAUCCCAGCUGUUAUAACAUUAGAGCAGGCAGAAACAAUGUUUGGGGAGACUACUUCUAUUAUGGAGGUCCUGGAAGAAAUGCUAGAUGUCCUUAAACAAAUUGGUACAGGGUAUAGAAUGAUCCUUUUUCCUAUUUUUUUUUUUCUUUUUUCCCUUCAGGUUUUCAUCCUGGGUGAUUCUUUUUCUUUAAGAUUUCUUGCUUGAAAAUAUCUCCUUUUCCUCUUUA